AUUAUAAGAAAGUAAAAUAAGAACAAAAAGUGAAAAUUCUCAGUUCUCAUCCAUCAAAGAAAGAUGAUCAAGAAAACAGCACCUGAUCAUCAAACAGGAAAACCCUUCAGACAACCUAUUAUUCUCACUAUCAUAAUCUACUACCUCACAUCCCAAACCUCACUUUCACUCUUACUUUCAUCCCAUCCUACGCCCCCUCCAAUUCCAAUUCUUCCCAUUCCAACUUCACAGCAAAUCUCAUGGCAACUCACAGAAAUGGCGAUGUUCUUGCACUUUGGUACCAAUACUUUCACAGACUCGGAGUGGGGGACAGGGCAUGUAGACCCUUCUCUGUUCAACCCUACUUCAUUCAAUGCCUCGCAGUGGGUCAAUGUGGCCAAAAACAAUGGAUUUUCAAGAGUUAUAUUGACUGUAAAACACCACGAUGGAUUCUGUCUUUGGCCCUCUGAGUAUACUGAUUAUUCUGUGAAGUCUAGCUCUUGGAGAAAUGGGACCGGUGAUGUGUUGAAAGAGCUGACCGAAGCUGCUAAGAGUGCUGGAUUGCAGUUGGGAGUUUAUCUUUCUCCUUGGGAUAGACAUGAGCCUACUUAUGGGGAGACUCUUGAGUACAAUGAGUAUUAUAUGGGGCAGAUGACUGAGUUGCUCACUAGAUAUGGUGAAAUAAGAGAAGUUUGGUUGGAUGGUGCUAAAGGUGAGAAAGAGAAGGAUAUGGAAUAUUUUUUUGAUGAUUGGUUUAGCCUCAUUCAUCAGCUUCAGCCUGGGGCAGUCAUUUUUUCCGAUGAUGGUCCAGACACAAGGUGGGUUGGAGAUGAAUCUGGUGUUGCUGGGACCACAUGCUGGUCUCUUUUCAAUCGAAGUGCUAUUAAGAUUGGGGAUACUAAUCCUAAAUACUCUGGAGAAGGAGAUCCUCUUGGCCACGACUGGGUACCUGCAGAGUGUGAUGUUUCCAUCCGACCUGGAUGGUUUUGGCAUGCGUCGCAAGUACCAAAAUCUGCAAUUACUUUGCUUGAUCUGUACUACAAAUCAGUCGGAAGAAACUGUCUUUUGUUAUUAAAUGUACCUCCAAAUUCUUCAGGUCUUAUAUCACAUGAAGACAUACGAGUCCUUGAGGAAUUUUCAGAGAUUCGGAAAUCCAUAUUUUCCAACAAUCUAGCAAAAGGUGCUCUUAUCUCUGCAAGCAGUGUAAGGGAUGGUCCAAAUAAUUCCCGUUAUGGUCCUGACAAUGUUCUUGAGGAAGGUAUCUAUCUGUACUGGGCUCCUAGUAAGGCACAAUCAAAGUGGGUGUUAAAUUUAGACUUUGAAGAGGUUGUGAGUUUUAAUGUAUUGCUAGUGCAAGAGCCCAUCCACAUGGGUCAGCGGAUUAUAGAAUUCCAUGUCGACUUCUUGAACUUAGAAGGUGAUUGGGAAGAGGUCGUAAAUGGUACCACAGUGGGAUAUAAAAGGCUGUUAAGAUUUGGGAAAGUUGAAUCCAGUAAGUUAAGGGUUGUCAUUGACAAGUGUCGAGCAGAUCCUCUUAUUUCUUAUUUGGGAAUAUACGAGGAUCCCUUUUCUAUUCUGGGACAUGUCUCUAACUCCAGCUCUGCAUCUAUCUCCAAGGAUGGCAAACUUCUUCAGCAAAGUAUGUACCAUAAUUCCCCCCGUUUUUCCUCUUUCUAAACCUGCUGAUCAAAUCGUACUAGAUAUCAAAAUAGUCUGUCUUCUCUUUUCAUUCGGACAAUGUUUCACUUGAGAUUUCAAUGGCUUUCGUUUAGCCUUCCCUCACAAUUGUCUUAUGAAAGACCCUCGUGUGAUAGCGAGUUCAAUAAAGGAUCUUUUGAAUGACUGAUCAUGAUAAAUCAGUCAAGACACUUUUUAAGUACUGAAUAUACUAACAUGUUCGGCACAUAGUUCAUGUGCUGAAUUUACUCGAA